AUGGAUCCAGGCUCGCUGUGCUUGCGAUAUGUUAAUUUAAAAGAUGUUAAAAACAAAAAAGAAAUUAUUCCAACUGUUAUCGUGAGAGGAUCCAGUCUUGCAAAUCCCCCAAUUACAGCUCUGAAAAAGCAUGGACUUAAAGGUUUAGAUAAGGCUGCAGCUAUGAAUGGGAAGCACAUGUCCUCCUUUCAAAUUUACUUCAAAAGUAACCAGUUUGUAACCAUGGAAAGAAACGAAUUGUUUGGAAUUACCGACUUUUUGGCCAACUUUGGUGGUUUACUGGGGUUAUUCGUAGGAUUCUCGCUGCUGUCUCUAAUAGAAAUUGUUUAUUUUUUAACGUUGCGAAUAUUUUGCAACGUGGCUUUGUUUGGAAGACACAACUGGUCUGGAAUAAAGGAAUAA